ACAAUACAAUUUCAGCUAGGAAUCCUCCCCUUCCACAGCUGACAUAACUGGGCCAAGCUUUUGUGUAGGUAGUGGGGAGUGGAGGGAGACAAUCUGGGGGCUUGUAUGUUUAAUGUGGAAUUUCCUACCUUGAGGAUGACCACAGGGUAGUAAUGGUUCUGUUAAGGUACAGGCCUCAUUCAGGCUACCAGUAUCUAGCCAGCAUCUACCUUUUGUGAGCUUGGGACCCUUUCUGGCUCAGGCAAGGUGUGGGAUGGUUAAUAAGCCAGCAGCAAGCCCACACACAGUCAUGGUAGCCAGAAAUGGAGCCCCUACCACCCCAAAAUUAGGGCCUAUGGAUAAUGGCACAGAGCUUGCCUCCAGAAAUCCAUUCAGUUGCACUACUAACUGGGAAGGUGGCCUUUUUUGGCCCUGACCCUCCUAGACCUGGCCAGGCCCCGAAUGAGCAGCCUUGGAGUCCCACAGAUUCCCUCCUUUAAAGCUUUUUCCACAGAUGAACUCUUGCAGAGACUAACUGGAUUCUUUGAUGUGUAUCCCCACCAUUGUAAAAACUACAGGGCCUGGUAAAGGCUUUGUGUGUUUCCUUCACCACUGUGUUCUUGGAGCACCCCCAGCAUGAUCCCUGACAUAUAAGGGGUGCUCAAGAAAUGGGCUGAGUGAAUGAUAAAGGGGAAAGGCAAGUAAUGCUUUUCUCUUUUAUGGGCAAUGAAACAUGCCCAGACAGGACGUUUGACUGCCUUCUGGCCCAAUUCCUACAGUAGGAGCACCCGGGAGCAGAGGGCCACACCCAAUGGCCUCCUAGGCCCUCCAUCAGCUUCUCCUCCUCUGCUCCUCCAACGCAAGCGCCAGUCCUGAGCCUCUGAAACGAGACCGGUUUCCCAGGAAAAGAUCGUAUGGCAGGAGUGGAGCCAGUGACAGCCUAUAAAUAACAACAGCAGCAUUUAGAAUGGACUAGACACUCUCCUUCCACAGCAAUUCUUCGAGGCAGAUUCCACUAGCACCCUCAUUUUAAAGAUGGAGAAACGGGGCACCGGGGGGUACGUGCCAUGCCCAAGAUAAUAGCAGCGCCUGGGCAGCGGAAACAAGGGCCCGCUCACCACGCAAUACUUGUGGCACCGCUUCAGUGCCGACCUCGGCUACAAUGGCACCCGCGACAGGGGCAGCUGCAGCAACCACAGCGCGGACCCGGUCAUGAAGGAAGUGGAGACCCUUACCUCCCACUGGACCCUCUACAUGAACCUGGGCGGCUUCCUGGUGGGGCUCUUCUCAUCCACCCUGCUGGGUGCCUGGAGUGACUGCGUGGGCCGCCGCCCCCUCCUGGUGCUGGCCUCCCUGGGCCUGUUGCUACAGGCAGUGGUGUCCAUCUUCGUGGUCCAGCUGCAGCUCCACGUUGGCUACUUCGUGCUGGGCCGCAUCCUUUGUGCUCUCCUUGGGGACUUCAAUGGCCUUCUGGCAGCAAGCUUUGCCUCCGUGGCAGAUGUCAGCUCCAACCGCAGCCGCACCUUGCGAAUGGCCCUGCUGGAAGCAUGCAUCGGGGUGGCAGGGAUGCUGGCGAGCCUCCUGGGGGGCCACUGGCUCCGGGCCCAGGGUUAUGCCAAUCCCUUCUGGCUGGCCUUGGCCGUGUUGAUAGUCAUGACUUUCUAUGCAGCAUUAUGCUUUGGUGAGACAGUGAAGGAGCCGACACCUGCCCGGCUCUUCACGCUCCGUCACCACCGAUCCAUUGUCUGGCUAUACCUGACUCCGGCCCCAGAGAAGUCCAGGAAGCAUUUAGCCCUGUAUUCACUGGCCAUCUUCAUGGUAAUCACUGUGCACUUUGGGGCUCAGGACAUCCUGACCCUCUAUGAGCUGAGCAAACCCCUCUGCUGGGACUCCAGGCUGGUCGGCUAUGGUUCAGCAGCUCAGCACCUUCUGUACCUCACCAGCCUGGUGGGCCUGCGGCUUUUGCAGCACUGCCUGGCUGAUACCUGGGUGGCCGAGAUUGGCCUGGCCUUCAACAUUCUGGGGAUGGUGGUCUUUGCAUUCGCUACCAUCACACCUCUCAUGUUUACAGGGUAUGGGCUCCUGUUCCUGUCAUUAGUCACCACACCCAUCAUCCGGGCCAAGCUCUCCAAGCUGGUGGGCAAGUCAGAGCAGGGUGCUCUUUUUUCUUCGGUGGCCUGCAUCAAUAGCUUGGCCAUGCUGAUGGCUUCUGGCAUCUUCAACUCACUCUACCCAGCCACCUUGAACUUCAUGAAGGGGUUCCCCUUCCUCCUGGGAGCUGGCCUCCUCUUCAUCCCGGCCAUUCUGAUUGGGGUGCUGGAAAAGGCUAAUCCUCGUCCCGAAUUCCAGCAGUUUCCUCAGAGCCCCUGAUCGGCCUGGCCUAGAGGACAGAGGGCAAAGGGAACAAAGUGAACACUAACCAUCUGAAAGUAUGCAUCUGGAUCCCAACCCGCAGCAGCAUGGGCACCUCCUUUCCAAGGGCGAGUGUCUACUUUGGACAAAGUGGUCAAACCAGACACCUGUGCCAGCCUAAGACUCUAAUCUAGAAUUAUAAUGCAGACAGUCCUACUCCAGGAGACAGUGGGGGCGCCAUUGUGAAACAGGGGUCCAUUUACCCUUUAUACCAUCAGUCACGUAGAAUUCUUCAGGGGAGAGGAGAGGUUCUGUUGGAAGGGCACCUCAGGGACCAGUUGAAGCAGGAGGGUUGAUAGCUUCAACCCAGACUGCACAGCUCACAGGGUUGUUUCUGGUGUGCAGCCACCAGUCACUCCUCAGUGAUGGAUAUGGUUCUGGGGGGAAGGCUAUGGGAGGGGCUGGGUGCCCUCUGGAGAGAGGUGCUGCUGUCUCUGGCUGGGAAAUCCAUCCUCUGGGCUUAGCAGUGCCAAUCACAAUAAAUUUGUAUAAUCACA